AUGGCAUAUGAAAGCGCAGCGCGAAGGAGCAAGGGAGUCGGGAGGAAAAGGAUAAAGAGGCUAUUUGGACCAAUUGUGUACGAUACGACAACGCUAACCACCACCUCCAACCACGUCCUUUCUAAUGGAGACACCAACAUCGCCCACCCUCUACCGCAUCCUCUCCAAGCAAGACACCUACUUAACCUUAAACCUUUGAUCAAAUCAAGAGGUUAUUAUUCAUCUAUCUCUUUAAAAAGAGAGAGAGCCAAACACCGGCAACCUCACUUAAACCCCCUCCCCUUAUCGAAGAAAAAAAAUUCCCAAGCACUAUUAGAGAUCUCCCCGAUCACUCUCCUACAUCUAUAA